GCAAACCCGGCCGAAGCUCUCUCUCAUUUUUCUUUUUCAAAAUACACUCACAAAAGGAAGCUAACGGUCAAAGGGGGGGAACGUACGCAAAACUGGUAUUUGCUUCUUACAUGUCCACUUUCUUGACAAAGCUGAAAGUGGGUCCUUGAGUUUCUCGCCUUCUCCACUAUGGUAACUUUUUGUCUGGUUUGUGGUGGCUGGGGAUUCUCUGAGGCUCUAGAAUAUUGUCAAAAGUGUCAGAUUUAUGCUGUGCACCGCUAUUGCUUAGAUAAGCUACCAAGUUUCAAGGAAGAUGUUGUUUGGUUUUGUGAGGAUUGUGAACCAAGGCCAAUUUCAGAUGUUCCCAUGGCAAAGCUGUCUAGUCAAAGAUUGAAAAAGCAGAGUUGUGAUAGGAAAUUAAAAAGGACAGAACUGGCUGAAAAAUUAUAUGCUAAUAAGAAGAAUAAGAGCAUGGAGGACAAACCUUCCUUGUUUUCUAAGUCAGAGCUUGAAAGACAAAGUAGCCCCUUGCUUAAAAUCAAGGAGGUUAACUGCAGUGAGAAUCAUGAAAAUGAUGAGAAAUUGAGAGUAAACUUGGAGGUGGAUGGAGACUGUUCUGACAAGGAGGCAACCUCCAUUGAAAUCAAAGCCUCCUUGUCGACUGAAUCAGAGCUUGAAAGACAAGAUAGCCCCUUGCUUGAAAUCAAGGAGGUUAAUUGCAAUGAGAAUCAUUACAAGGAUGAGAAAAUGGAAGUGAACUUGAAGGUGGAUGGGGGCUGUUCUAAUCAGGAGGCAGUAUCCAUUGAAAUCAAAGCUUCCUUGUCAACUGAAUCAGAGCUUGAAAGACAAAAUAGCCCCUUGCUUGAAAUCAAGGAGGUUAAAUGUGGUGAGAAUCAAGAUAAUGAUGAGAAAUUGGAAGUGAACUUGGAGGUGGAUGGGAGGUGUUCUGACAAGGAGAAGGCUACAUCCAUUCAGGCUAAAGACCCCACUGCUGUUGCUGUUUUGCAUUCAGUUAUUCCAGAGGACUGUUAUAUCCCUGAGCAGAGAAUAUCUGAUUCGGUCAAGUGUGUUGGUGGUGCUGAAUCUUUCAAAAUUAAAACCUCUCUUCUAGAAGUUGAUGACCACUCAAACAACUCAGGAGGUAAUUCUUUUCACCAUGGUUGGAGAGAAAAUGAUGGUGGUUGUCCCAAUGAAAAGGCUAAACCUGUUAACAUUCAAACAUCUUUUGUAGCUGCAAAUGAUCAUUUACCAGAGCACAGUUACUAUUCUGCACAGCCAGUCAUGGAACCAAUCUGGAUGGGAAGUUUCCAUCUUCAGGAUAAAGACUUUGGUACUGUGGAAGGCCUGGUGGCUCAUUUAUCAUGCUUAGCAUGCUCAAAAGUGUGUGAGGCAGCAAAGACUUUACCUGUAAUGCUUUUCUUGGAAUUGCUUCCAAUAUCUUGUAUGUGGCCAAAAGGCUUUCAGAAGUGGGGACCGAGUGAUCAUAGUAUUGCUCUCUAUUUCUUCCCAGAUAAUGAAAGGACUGAGAAGAUUUUCGACAACCUGGUCGAUAAGAUGAUGUCUCAAAAUCUAGGCAUGAAGGUUAUACUUGAUAAUGCUGAACUCUUAAUUUUCACCUCUAGUAUACUGCCUCUGUACUUAAAGAGGUUCCAGGCAAAGUACUAUUUGUGGGGGGUCUUCAGGGGAAAGCAACCUCUAGCAAAGGUAGAUCCUUCAGUGGUGAAAGACCAUAUGGAUGCUUCAGCUCGGCAUUCUCAGAGUCCUGUUAGCCCUCUAAAGCAACAAUAUGGUGCAUCAAUCUCAUAAUUUGCUUAUCAUAAUGUACAUGCGCCUCGUGAAAAAAUUUUGUAGUUCUUUCUUUAGUUUGAGAGUGAAUAGAAGAGAUUUGCUGGGUAGGAAAUGUGACUGCAAUACAAAUGUUGAUAACCA